AUGACGUACAUGUUAGCAACUAUAGGAAUUGGUGUUACCUAUAUAAGAUUGGGAAGAAAAGGUUGUCCCAAUAGUGUUGAACUUGUUUAUACAGGCCAAGCUGGUGGUAAUCGUUAUAAUCAUGGAGGCGGUGGUGUUAAUUAUCUAUGUCUACCAAAUGAUCCGGAAAAUGGAGAACACCAAACAUAUGCCAACUCUCAGCUUUUUGGUGCUGAAUAUGAGAUCUUUGGUCGGAACCCACGCGGAAUGUCGAGCAUGUUGGGGAACAGAGAGGUACCAUGUGCUGUCUGCCGUAGGAAGCGGAGAUCUUCAGUAAUAACACUCCCUGGUAAACAUCAAACUUAA